AUGAAUUGUGAAGUUGAAAUUUUGGAAGCAAUGUUACGAGGACAAUAUGUGCUGUCAAGCGAAUGGCUAAAUACGUGUCUGAAGACAUCGGCUAUUGUUGACGAGGAAAAAUACGAAAUUAAUGUAAUCAAUCGCGAUGGUCAGUUAGUAGCCAAAGGAUCGUGUGCGGCAGCGAGAAAAAAUCGCGCUAAAAUGGUAAGUAAACUUUUAUAG